GGCCCGGCGGCCGCCAUGAUCGAGCAGCAGAAGCGGAAGGUCCCGGGCCCCGGGCCUGGCCCCGGCCCCGCGCCCGGCGCGCCCCCGGGCCCCGCCGCCCCUGGAGCCACCCCCGCGCCCGGCCCCGACCUCCCGCUCGUCCCCGUGCCCGCCAAACGGCCCCGCCAUGACCUGCCGGGGGCGCCGGGCACGGGCGGUGCAGGGGGGCAGCCGGCGGCCGGGGCUCUGCUGCAGGCGGGCCCCCCGCGCUGCUCCUCGCUGCAGGCCCCCAUCAUGCUGCUCUCAGGACACGAGGGGGAGGUUUACUGCUGCAAGUUCCACCCCAAUGGCAACACCCUGGCCUCAGCUGGCUUCGACAGGCUCAUCUUGCUCUGGAACGUCUACGGGGACUGUGACAACUUUGCCACCCUGAAGGGACACAGCGGGGCUGUCAUGGAGCUGCACUACAACACGGAUGGCAGCAUGCUCUUCUCAGCAUCCACGGACAAGACCGUGGCUGUGUGGGACAGCGAGACAGGGGAGAGGGUCAAGAGGCUCAAGGGCCACACGUCCUUUGUCAACUCCUGCUACCCUGCCCGGAGGGGACCCCAGCUCGUCUGCACCGGCAGCGACGAUGGCACUGUCAAGCUGUGGGACAUCAGGAAAAAAGCUGCUGUCCAGACAUUCCAGAACACCUACCAGGUCCUGGCUGUCACCUUCAAUGACACCAGUGACCAGAUCAUCUCUGGAGGCAUCGACAAUGACAUCAAGGUGUGGGACCUGCGGCAGAACAAGCUCACCUACACCAUGCGGGGCCACGCCGACUCGGUGACGGGCCUGAGCCUCAGCUCUGAGGGCUCCUACCUGCUCUCCAACGCCAUGGACAACACAGUUCGGAUCUGGGACGUGAGGCCCUUCGCCCCCAAGGAGAGAUGUGUGAAGAUUUUCCAGGGAAAUGUCCAUAAUUUUGAGAAGAACCUUCUGAGGUGCUCCUGGUCCCCAGAUGGCAGCAAAAUUGCAGGGGGCUCUGCUGACAGGUUUGUGUACGUGUGGGACACCACCUCCAGGAGGAUCCUGUACAAGCUGCCUGGCCAUGCUGGCUCUGUCAAUGAGCUGGCCUUCCACCCCGAGGAACCCAUCAUUCUGUCUGCAUCCAGUGACAAAAGGCUCUACAUGGGGGAGAUCCAGUGAUGCUGCAGGAUCUGUGCCUGGCUGUGCCCAGUGCAGGUGACAGAGCUCGGUGUCACAGCCCAGUGCAGGCUGUCCCCUCCCCUCAUCCCACUGGGCAGCUUUUUCCACCUCUCCUUUCUUGGGAGGCAGGAAAACUUGGAUUUCAAAGGAAUUUCGUUCUGGCUGUGCCACUGACAGUGAAACCCUUCUCCAGAUCCCUUGAAAUUGAGAACUUUUGGUUCAGUUCCACACGUGGCCUGUAUAUCCCUGUCCUGUUUCCUUUGGAGUGUUUUUUUAUACAGUUAAAACUGCAAUAAAUGGCUUUUUUUACACA